AUUUUGUUGAAGUGGAAGAUCCACAUUUAGGGCAGGGGAUUGGGGUUUGAGUCAGUGAUUGAAAAUGGCGAAGUCACUGCAACGGCUAUGGAGCCAUGGUGGGAGUCUGCGUUCUGCUUUUGCUCCAAUGUCAAGACCUUUCUCUGCUGAUGCUUUGGUGGAAAUCAAACCGGGCGAGAUCGGCAUGGUCUCUGGUAUACCCGAAGAGCACCUUCGAAGGAGGGUUGUAAUUUUCUCACCUGCUAGAACUGCAACUCAACAAGGAUCAGGAAAAGUUGGGAGGUGGAAAAUCAAUUUUAUGUCAACUCAAAAGUGGGAAAAUCCAUUGAUGGGCUGGACAUCCACAGGGGACCCAUACGCUAAUGUUGGUGAUGCAGGUUUGGGUUUUGAUAGUGAAGAAGCUGCCAAGGCAUUUGCUGAGAAACAUGGUUGGGAAUAUACGGUUAAGAAGCGCCAAACACCCUUAUUGAAGGUUCGUUUCUUUCUCCAUCUGCUAUUUGCAUGGCAGUGUCAUUUCAGGGUUUUAUUAUUAUUAUUUGUCUUCACUCAGUGUAGUAUUGAUCAUGAAUCAUGAUAGACUUUCAUUAAUUUGAAAUCAAGACAGUUGGCACUGGCUGAUGUUUCUGGAUAACUGUAACCAGCCUUCAACUUCUCAGGAGGACCUGCAAACUCCUACAAUUGCUAGCCACUUGUUCUAAUAGUGGCUAUCCUUAUGUUUCUGGACUGCAACUUUCUUAGAAAUAGGGGAGUACAUAACGAUUCAUAGACUUUCAUUAAUUUGAAAUCACGGCUGUUAGGCAACAGCUGAUGUUUCCGGAUAACCUUAACCACCCCUGAACUUCUCAGAAGGACCUGCUAACUCUAUGUUUAUGGACUGCAACUUUCUUAGAAAUUGGGGGGUUACAUAUGUUAUUGGUUCAUCUGUCAAUUCAUGGAUGAUGUGCAUCAUGAAGUCUUGUUGUGUUGACUGAUAGGGCUCUAUUCCUCACAACCCGAAUGGAACAUUUAGGGGGCAUACUCUAUUGAUCUUCCACAUCCUUGUGACCUUUUGGCAUGCCAAUUUUUAUUUUUAUUUUUUCUCAGGAAUAAGUUUUGCAGGAUGAUAUCUACAAUUUCCUGUCCUCAGUGCUUAUAGAGAAUGCAUAAUUCAAAAUGUUGAAUUUUCGUGAACCAUGCAUGUAUGUGGGGUGUCUAAACCACGCACUGUAAGACAAGUUUUCUAUUGCUGGGUCUGUCUUUGCUGCCUCUUUAGCUUAUCCACUCCACGGUUCAAGAAUAUAUCCUGCAUAGAGCCAAAGGACGCAAAUUAAAUCCACAAAAUGUGGGAGAUGCACUGUCUGUUAUCUGUUUGAUUACUGCGAUAUCCAGCAUAGCUCUUCAAAUGUGUGACUGGUUUGUUCCUGUUACAGACUAAGGCAUAUGCAGACAACUUCAAGUGGAAGGGACCUCCCAAAACUGAGGACUGAUUUUAUUUCCUGUUCCCAUUCAUCAAGCACAUAUCAUGGCAGAGGUUAUGCAAUUUGCCUUAAGUUUUCUUUGUUCAUUUUGGGGAGGAGGUUUUCUAUUCCUUUCAAGAAUAUUAUGAGUCCCCAAGGAAUUCCCUUCAUUAUAAUGAAUAAAUGGGACUGAUGGGGUGAACCAUGUUUUCCUCUCUCAAUUAUGAUAAAAUGACAGUUCAUUUCAGUUGCA